AUGCCUACAGGCCGUGCCGUUUUGUUAUUACGCCGUUUGUCGACAGGUGAUAAUAGAUUCAAGAACAUAAAUUUAAAUCAAAGUACUUCAAAAGAUUCUUUGCUUUCACACCCGGUAUGCAUACAUCGGGAUUUAAUCUAUAACAGAAGAGUUUCUUCAUUCGGCCAUAAUAAUUUAGUGACAUUCCAACUUACACGAAGCAUUAGUGACAAUAUUAUUAAAAUGGCUACAGGUAAUUCAGAAACAAAUGUAUCUAACAAAGAAAAACAUACAAACAGAUUAGUAACUGAAAAAUCACCUUAUUUAUUACAACAUGCUCAUAAUCCUGUGGACUGGUAUCCUUGGUGUCAAGAAGCAAUUGAUAAAGCUAAAAAAGAGAACAAACUUAUCUUUUUGUCAGUGGGAUAUUCAACAUGUCAUUGGUGCCAUGUAAUGGAAAAAGAAUCUUUCGAAAACGAAGGUGUUGCAAAGAUCAUGAAUGAACAUUAUGUCAAUAUAAAAGUCGAUCGAGAAGAACGACCUGAUCUUGAUCGAGUUUAUAUGCUUUUCGUAAUGGCCACCACAGGUGGAGGAGGGUGGCCAAUGUCAGUCUUCCUUACACCAGAUUUACGACCAGUAACAGGUGGUACUUAUUUUCCACCAGAAGACCGUUGGGGUCGGCCUGGAUUCAAAACUAUUCUCCUCUCUUUAGCUAAAAAAUGGAAAGAAAAUCAAGCCCAGUUCUUAGAAGCUAGCAAUAACAUUAUGGAUGCAUUACAAAAUAUAUCCAAAGUUGACAUUGAAACCUCGUCGGUACCAGGCGAAGCAACUUGGAACAAAUGUGUAAGACGUUAUAUGACGUUAUUUGAACCAGAAUUUGGUGGUUUCGGAAGGGCACCUAAAUUUCCACAAGCUUCCAUAUUUAAUUUUCUUUUUCAUUGCUAUGCACGUGACAAACAGGAUCCAGAGGGUAAAAAAUGUUUAGAAAUGUGCCUGCAUACCUUAACGAAAAUUGCAAAAGGUGGCAUUCAUGACCAUGUUUCGAGUGGUUUCGCGCGUUAUUCAGUAGAUAACCAUUGGCAUGUUCCUCAUUUUGAGAAAAUGCUUUAUGAUCAAGCGCAAUUAAUGGUCGCGUACACAGAUGCUUAUCUCGCAACAAAAGACGACUUCUUUUCAGAAGUAGUGCGCGAUAUUAUAAAAUAUGUUAAUAGAGAUUUAAGACAUGAAGAGGGAGGCUAUUAUAGUGCAGAAGAUGCUGACUCCUACCCUGUUCCCGGUGCUUCUCAUAAGAAAGAAGGUGCGUUUUGUGUUUGGGAAUAUGAUGAACUCGAAUCUCUCCUUGGAGAUAAGCGCCUUGGUUCCCUUUCUUAUUUGGAAAUUUUUUGCGAUUACUUCAGUGUCGAAGUAACAGGAAACAUCUCACCUGAAAGCGACCCUCAUGAAGAAUUAACCAAUAAAAAUGUCUUGAUAAUAUAUGGAAGUAAAGAAGAGACAAUGUCCAAAUUUGGUAUUAAUGAGGAACAAUUUGAUUGCAUUAUAUCUGAGUGCAUUAAUAUAUUAUACGAAGCGCGGUCAAAGAGGCCCCGACCACAUUUGGAUACCAAAAUGCUUUGUUCGUGGAACGGUCUUGCUAUAGCUGGUUUAGCGCAAGCUGGACAAGGACUGGGAGAAAAAAGCUUUGUAGAUGAUGCAAUUAAAACUGCUCAAUUUGUAAAAGAAUAUUUGUAUGACAAAAAUAAUAAAACCCUUCUCCAUUCUUGCUAUAAAUCUGAAAAUGGGUCAAUUGCUCAAAAUUCCCAACCUAUACAAGGGUUUUUGGAUGACUACGCAUUUUUAAUCAAAGGUUUACUCGAUUUGUAUGAAGCAUCGCUUGAUUUAAAAUGGCUUAACUGGGCUCGUGAACUGCAAGCAAAACAAAAUGAAAUAUUCUGGGAUGAUGAGAGUGGUGGAUUUUUCACUUGCUCUACCGAAGACAGCACCGUAGUUUUACGACUUAAGGAAGAUCAAGAUGGCGCCGAGCCGUCUGGCAAUAGUGUAUCAUGUCACAAUUUGUUGCGACUCGCCGCCUAUACGGAUAAAGACGAGGGAGGAGACUCUGAGAGAGAUAUGGCCAAGAAAGUGUUCACAGCUUUCGCUAAACGACUGAACGAUACACCCACCGCUCUGCCCGAGAUGAUGUCAGCGCUCAUGUUCUACAAUGAUUCUCCUACACAGGUGCUGAUAGCGGGCGGGUGCUCAGACCCGCGCACGCUGGAGCUGGUGCGCGCCGUGCGCUCGCGCCUGCUGCCCGGCCGCGUGCUGGCCGUGGCCGACCCCGCCGCCGACCCGCCCGCCGUACUCAGCCGCAUACGCAGCGUGGGAGACGCGCCCACGGCGUACGUGUGCCGCCGCUACGCGUGCUCGCUGCCCGUCACCGACGUCAAGCAGUUGGAGAACCUGCUCGAUGAACCCACUCCCGCGACUAAUAAG